AUGGGAAACAAUUUUGGUUUUCAAAGUUCAACAACAAAAAGUAUGAAGAAAUCGUUGAGUUUUGUUGUGACAAGUGACACAAAAUACAACUGCGUUGCUUUUGAAGCGAAUGUCUACUCAACACAAAAUUCGAUGUGUUUUUUUUGUAAAAAUGAAUGUUAUUUAUAUGAAAAUAAAUGCAAUGUUAUAUCAACCGUAUGUAAUAGAACAUAUAAAACAUUGCAUUAUUCUUUAUGUGAAGAAUGUUCGACAAAAUAUGAAGCCAUGAGAUACGAAUGUUAUCAGUGUCCUGACAAGUGUCUUCAUUGCGUUGAUGGUAAAUGCAUUUCUUGUGAACAAAACUAUUAUUAUGAUGACAAUGGUGUCUGUCUACCACUUGAUAAUUCAACGGGAAGUGUUCAAUUGUAUAUGUUGCAAAAUGCAAGAAAGUGUUCAGAAGGGUAUUACACAUCGUCUACAACAUGUCUUAAAUGUUCUGAUAAUUGUAUUCAAUGCAAAGAUUCAUUAACAUGUCAAAUAUGUAAUACAUUCAGCUUUUUAAUCGAUAAAGGCGAUUCUGUCAUAUGUGAAGUCCAAAGCAACGUUUUACUUGCGACAACAUUGACUAUUUUGUAUUGUGCAACAAGUUAUUACAAAGAUACAUCGAGUAAUUCAUGUAAAAGGUGUUCAACUACGUUUGGUGAAUUGUGUGAUCUGUGCGAUUUUGACAAAUGUUUGAAGUGUUCGCAAUAUGGAGUUAUGAAUAAAGUGACUGGGUGGUGUGAAGUUCUAUCAGAGACUUCAUGUUCCACAACCCAAAACACAUAUUGUACUUCAUGUGAGCACGUAAAUUAUGCUAUGAAUACAAGUGGUCUUUGUGAACCCAACACCAACUGUGCAAUUUCAUUCAAAAAUGGGAAAUGUCCAGUUUGUGUCGAUGGAUAUUUUAAUACACCUGCAAGGGUGUGUGAACUCAACACUACACAAAGUGACAAAUGUAUUAAAUUAACACAAGAAGGCGACAGGUAUUGUCGUUGUGAAACCGGUUAUUUUGUAUUGGACAACAAGUGUUUUAAAUGUUCAGACAAUUGUGUUGAUUGUUAUAAUUUUGAUGAAUGCCUCCUUUGCAAAGACAACUACUUUUUACUUGAAAAUGGGACAUGUGGAGAGAUAUCUGAAGUCACAAACAACUGCAAAAAGUUGAUUCAGACGCGUUCUAUAUGUGCAUUAUGUCACAUCAACUACUUCAGAGAUGCAGAUGGAAAGUGUGAGAGUUGUAUUGAGAAUUGUACCAUAUGUAAUCAGAAAUCGAAGUGUUUACAAUGUGUACAAUACAACUUUUUGCUGACAGAUUCUACAAAAUGUCUUUCAUAUGACUACUUGGAUAACUGCGACAUAAAAACGGCGAGUGGAUGUGUGUUGUGUUCGAAAGGGUAUUUCAUUUUAAAUCAGAUGUGUGCAAAAUGUGACUCAAAAACAAUGAAUUGUACUGAAUGUACACAAUAUGGGGUAUGUACAUCAUGUACAGACAACUUCAUCUUAUUAUCAGAUGUUUGUACUUCGAUUGACAAGAUAUCUGAUUGUAUUGAAAUCGCACAAUCGAAGUGCUCUAAAUGCACAUUCUGGCAUAUUCCCAAUAACUCUGGCACAUCAUGCCAAACGCAAGCUGUCUGGUGGGUCAUAUUUGUGUGUGUCUUUUUCGUAGUUAUAGUAAUCUUAAUGUUGAUAAUAAUGUGUAUAAUAAUCAUUUUCAAAGUGAUUGAACACAAAAAAAGAAAGAAAGCACAAAAGGAGACGUGUCUGUUUGAAAUGAGCAAAUCAAACAUCAAAUUUAUCAAAACGAUAAAUAAAAACGUUGUAGUCAAUAUCGAUAAAAUUGUGUUUGAGAGUGCUGAUUAUGGUGAUCUCAAAGUUGGGGAAGAGUCGCGUGAAUUGAUAUGUAUUGGUAACAAUUCCAAAAACACCAUCAAAGUUCAGUUCUCUUCGAAAGAAGACAACUAUAAGUAUUCAUUCAGAAGUGAGCCAAAGGUCGUUUCAAUUCCAAAAGGAAAAGCAUGUGAAUUUGAAGUCUUUUUGCUGGUGAAUUGUUCGACACAAAUAGAAGAUACCAUCUCUUUGUUCUCUGCAAAUUUAAAGAAAGGGGAGACUUCUGAAGUCUCGAUUGGAAUUUGUGGAAAGACUGAAAUAUCGACCCGUUUAGACCCAGACGAACUUAAAGAAGAAAAGAAACUUGGUGAAGGCUCUUUUGGAAUUGUUUACAAAGGAAAUUUUCGAGGACAUGUCGUUGCAAUUAAAAAGAUGAAGGAAUUUUCUGAGACGAAACAAUCAAUGGAUGAAUUUACAAAAGAAGUUUUUAUGUUAGAUAAAUUCCGUAGUGAGUAUAUCGUCCAUUUCUAUGGCGCCGUCUUUAUGCCAUCUAAAAUAUGUAUGGUCACUGAAUUUGCUGAAUUUGGAAGUUUACAAGACUUGAUGAAACAUAAAAAAAGCGAAGAAGUUAAUAUGAAAAUCAGAGUUAAAUUGAUGUUAGAUGCAUCACAAGGAAUUGUUUAUUUACAUGAGAAUGGCAUAUUACAUAGAGAUAUCAAGCCAGAUAACAUUCUUGUCUAUUCACUUAAUAUAAAUGACAAAGUAAAUGCAAAAUUGACUGAUUUUGGAUCAAGUAGAAAUGUCAAUUUAUUGAUGACCAAUAUGACAUUCACUAAGGGUAUUGGUACACCUGUGUAUAUGGCACCUGAAGUGUUGAAAAAGGAGAAGUACAAAAUGUCAUCAGAUAUUUAUUCGUUUGGUGUCACCAUGUAUGAAACAUUUGGGUGGGAAAACCCUUAUAAUAAAGUGGAUUUCAAAUUUCCAUGGAAAAUUGCAGAGUUUGUUAUUUCUGGAAAACGUUUAUUAAAAAGGGAAUUCAUAACACAAAAUGAGUACAACAUUAUUUCACGAUGUUGGGAUGAUGAUCAAAAAAAGAGGCCAUCAAUUAUCGAUGUUGUUGAAAAGUUGGAGACAUUUAAUUUAAUACAGUAA